CAGCAGGAUGGAGGGGGGGCGAGGGAAAAGGAGGAGAAAGAGCCCGCGGCGGCGGCAGAAAUUGCUGCUGUUGCCGCCUCUUUUUUCUUCGGCCGCGCUCCUGGCACUGCCCAGCUCUCCAAAGCGCAGCGCAGCGCGAAGCCGGCAACUCUUCUAAACUUGGGCGUAGGCGGAGAAGCAGCAUCCAAGCCGAGGAAGCGGGGAGGGAGAGAGAUCCGCGUCCCUCCAACUUGCCUCUCUCACCCCCCUUCUCCUCCCCACGCUUUUUCCCGAGUGGCUUAAAGAACCGGCGGGGGAAAGGGAGGAGGACGCCCGGCUGCUCGGCAAGAGUCCCCCGUGUGCGCCCUGGGCGCAUCCCGCGGCGAAGUCCCAGGUUCCGUCCGCCUGCCGAGCCCCGGCGAGUGAGGCUCCCUCUCCAUCCCUGCCCAGGGAAGGAGGGCUCCGGAGGUCUGGCGCCAGCAGGCAGGAUCGCAGCGGAGCCCCUCAUGCCGGGCUGAACCGCUGCGGGACUCAGCCCUCUCCAUGCCGUGAGCGCGCUCGUCCUUUCCUGCCCAGCGCGAUGGCCGGGGCUCUCGGCGGGGACCGCUCCGGGCUGCCUCCGUCCGCGGUCCACGGCAGCGGUGGUAGCGGCGGUGGCGGAGAAACCCCGCGCGUGGAAUUCGUAGCCCUGACCGCCGUGCAGACUGAGAAGAGCGAGGCGACCGCCUCAGCCCCCGCCGCCGCCGGAUCCAGCAGCCCCAGGCGCCUGGGACUCCUCGGGACUCCCUUACCGGUCCCACGCGGGGGCUCCGGAGCUCGGUCCGCGUCGCAGAAGCGCUACCGUCGCAUUCAGAACUGCCUCUACAACGUGCUGGAAAGACCCCGAGGCUGGGCGUUCAUCUACCACGCUUUCAUAUUUAUCCUGGUCUUCAGCUGUCUGAUUUUAUCUGUGUUUUCAACUAUUCCUGAGCAUCAUACAUUUGCCAACGAGUAUCUCUUCAUCCUGGAAUUUGUCAUGAUUGUUGUUUUUGGAGUGGAAUACAUUGUCCGUGUCUGGUCGGCGGGCUGCUGCUGUCGCUAUCGAGGAUGGCAAGGCCGUUUCCGGUUUGCCCGCAAACCCUUUUGUGUCAUCGAUUUCAUCGUCUUUAUUGCUUCUCUGGCCGUCAUUGCAGCUGGCACCCAGGGGAACAUCUUUGCUACCUCGGCCCUACGCAGCAUGCGCUUCCUGCAGAUCUUACGCAUGGUGCGCAUGGACCGCCGUGGCGGUACUUGGAAGCUUCUUGGCUCAGUGGUCUAUGCCCAUAGCAAGGAGCUGAUCACAGCAUGGUACAUUGGGUUCCUUGUCCUUAUCUUUUCCUCUUUCCUGGUUUACCUGGUGGAAAAAGAUGCCAAUGAAGAUUUUCUCACCUAUGCAGACUCCCUGUGGUGGGGUACGAUCACACUCACUACUAUCGGCUAUGGGGACAAGGUUCCGAAAACAUGGCUGGGCCGGGUGCUGACAGCCUGCUUCGCCUUGCUGGGAAUCUCCUUCUUUGCCCUUCCUGCGGGAAUUUUAGGCUCAGGGUUUGCUCUCAAAGUCCAAGAGCAACAUCGACAAAAACAUUUUGAGAAGAGAAGAACACCUGCAGCAAACUUGAUCCAGGCUGCUUGGCGCCUCUACUCCACAGACAUCAACCGAUCCUACCUGACUGCUACCUGGUGUUACUACGACAGCAUGCUUCCAUCUUUUAGCAAUAAAAUGGGACUCAAAGACCGCAUCCGAGUGAGCAAUUCUCAGAAGCAAGGCAGCAGGGGGAAGCAGCACCUUAUGCCCCCACUCCACCGCUCCCCCCAGCACAGAGAACUCAAUGAGGCAAUCAGCCCCAGCAAAGUACAGAAGAGCUGGAGCUUCAAUGACAGGACAAAAUUCCGGGCCUCAUUGAGGCUGAAACCCCGGACACCAGUGGACGCUGAUGGUCCUACAGAGGAAGCUAGUGAGGAGAAGACCCAUCAAUGUGACUUGACUUUUGAAGACAUCAUGCCUACUGUAAGACCUUGAUCCGAGCACAUGUUUCUUGCAGAAUUCUUAAUUCCUGGUAGCCAAAAGAAAGUUCAAGAGACCCUGAGACCAUAUGAUGAAGAUGUGAUUGAGCAAUACUCAGGCCAUCUGGACAUGCUUGGCAGAAGCAAAAGUCUCCAGACCAGUGUGGAUCAGAUUGUGGGCCGGGGAGGUAUCGCCAUGGAUAAGAAGACACGGGAGAAAGGGGAAAAAGUAGCAUUAGAGGUCGACCUGGUGGAUGAACUCAGCAUGAUGGGCCGAGUGCUAAAGGUGGAAAAGCAGGUUGAGUCUAUCGAGCACAAGCUGGACUUGUUGCUAGGUGUUUACUCCCAGUGCCUACGGAAGGGUUCAAUCAACUCCAUUAGCUUGACCGCUAUACCAGUUCGCAGUGGUGAACCGGACAUCACCUCUGACUAUCAUAGUCCUGUGGACCAUGAAGACAUCUCUGUCUCUGCUCAGACCUUGAACAUCUCCCGAUCGGCUAGCACCAACAUUGACUAAGAUGGCCUCUUCAGACUAGCUGUGUAACAGCCACACACCAGCUACAUGCAGGGAGGAGAGGCUGGGAGCGAGUCUUCCCUUCGAAGGAGGGCUUGGGAGACAAUUUCUGACUACUCUUAUGGACUGUGCUCAACUGAGCCGAAAUCUUCUCCAGCCUCACCCUGUUGGUGUUUCCUCAUCAGAUUCGUCUGCCUUUGCACCAGAACGAUCACCUCAACUUUACUUGAAGUCUUCCAAUGGGGGGCAAAGCCACUAGCACCAGAGCAUUUAGAGCAAAUGUAGACAAAUGGUUAGAUCUCCAAAACAGCAGGGUGGGUCCCAGCACCCGUCAGCUGUCAGUCGUAACUUUUCCAGUGUUUCUGGGUUUCCCACAGUGGUUGUGAUAGAAUGUAAAACUCAAGUCAGCAGCUUUCUCUCUUGGGAAGCAAGCCUUGUUAGCCUGAAGCAAUGAGCAGAGAAAUCUGUCUUUCUGCCUCUCGGCCUCCUGUAGACAUCUGCCAUGAUUCCCAGUUAACUCCAGAGUUUUCAGGUGCCUCCAGGCUACCGAGGAAUUCCAUUCUCUUUUGACAAAGAGCAGUCAAGAUGAAAUGGCCACUUUGGACUCUCGAGUCAUUGUGAUGGCCAACCCAUCAAGGAAACCAUGCAAAUGGUGACAACCAUGAAAUGAGAGCCACCGACUCUAGACUUUUACUUUUACUGGGCAAACCAGGUUGGCAAUGCUUUUUUUUCAGCUAUGCAAAAGCUAGGUUACUCUUUCCUUCAGCCGUGCUCGACAAGGGACAUUGCAACUUGACUGAAUGUGGUUUCUUGUCUUUGCAUUUAGAAGCAAUUAAUGACUGGCAAUGCCUAACCCUACUCUUGGCAGCCUUUGAAGCACCUUUCUACUUCUCUUUUAGCUCCCCGUCCCACCAGUAGCAGGCAUCAUUUUAUGCCCUCCUCCCCCCACCCCCCGGUUCAUGAGCACACAGUGGAACUUGCCACUUAAUGGAAACAUGUUUGGGGGAGAUGGGCACCCCUAUAUGCAACUAUUUUGAAUAUGCAACCUGAAACCAGUCUUUAGCAGUGGUUAAGGUGCCUUCUCUGCCUAGGAAGUAAUCAGGGAUUUGGGGGAGGGGGUCUCUAUGUGCACCCUUGAAGGAAACCCAAUUCAGGUAGCCAAGAAUAGAAUGGGUCCUGGUGUUCUCAGGGGGAAUUUCAUCAGCUUGCUGUCUCUGGAGGGAGAGUUGAGUAUUGCUGUCUCCCAGGGAAUUGGGUGUGUGUGUAUUGUGUGUGAGUUUCCCAUUCAUUCAACAGCAGUGAAUUAAGGUAGAGCUUGGCUCAGGUACUAUGCACUUGUAGAAUUAUCAGUGCUGUGGUGUAGCUUUUGAGUAGCCCUCCCCAAGCUGAGGUCCUCCAGUUGGGUUGGAUGAUGUUUCUAAUAUGGCUGCUUGGGCGUUUGAAAUUUAACAUAUCUGGGGUCCACAAGUUGGGGGAUCAUUGCUUUAGACUGGGGAUCCCCAAACUUGGCAACUUUAAGACUUGUCAACUUCUGGGAGUUGAAGUCCACAAUCUUAAAGUUGCCAAGUUUGAAGACCUCUGCUUUAGACUCAAAUUUCCUACUAGCUGUGAGCACAUCCUUCCUAUUACUAGUAGAAGAUCCUUGGAUUACGAUUUCCACCCAGGGUUUUUCUUGAGGCAUUCUCCCUUUGGAGUCUUUCUAUGACAAUGUUCCUCAAAUCUUAGCAAAUUUAAGAUGUCUGG